GUAAAUAGAAAAGUGUGAAGAAGAAAGAUAAUGUCUCCUACUCCAGAAUGGGUCAUGGUUGGAGGAGAAGGUUCUGAGAGUUACAAGAAGCAUUCCUCAUAUCAGAGAGCGUUGGUGGAAGCAGCAAAUGAAAAGAUAAGCGAGGCGAUCUCAGCGAACCUUAUUCUUGAUUUGGUUUCGAAUUGGGUUUGUGUAGCGGAUUUUGGCUGUGCGAGUGGACCUAACACUUUUGUGGCAGUCCAAAGCGUUAUAGAUGCUGUGGAAAACAAAUACCGUAGAGAAACCGGACAAAACCCCGGGGAUAACAUCGAGUUCCAAGUCCUCUUCAAUGACUUAACCACUAACGAUUUCAACACUCUCUUCAAGACACUUCCCUCGGAAAGGAGGUAUUAUAGCGCGGGUGUUCCUGGUUCUUUCUUCGACCGUGUUCUUCCUAAGCAAAGUUUUCACAUAGGAGUCAUGAAUUACGCUUUUCAAUUCAUGUCGAAAAUCCCCAAAGGGAUCUUGGACCGCGACUCCACCAUAUGGAACAAAGAUAUACAUUGCACCGGAUUCAACAACAAGGUGAAGCAAGCAUAUCUUGAUCAAUACUCUGUCGACUCCAAAGCUAUAUUGGAUGCACGAGCUGAAGAGCUCGUACCCGGGGGAUUAAUGUUGCUUUUAGGAUCAUGUCUAAAAGACGGUACCAAGAUGUCAGAAACCUAUAGAGGAAUUGUCCUAGAUUUAAUCGGAGCUUCUCUAAAUGAUCUUGCUCAUCAGGGUGUCAUCGAGCAAGACAAAGUAGACUCGUUCAAUAUCACACUCUACAUUGCAGAGGAAAGCGAGUUGAGACAAAUCAUAGAGGAGAAUGGGAAGUUCACACUUGAGGGUUUUGAGGAUAUACUUCAGCCAAACAAAGAGUCAUCAGAACCAAAGAUCUUUGCUGCCUCAGCUAAAGCUGCCUUAGGUGGUAUCUUAACCGCACAUUUUGGAGAGGAAGGCAUGAUAAAAGCCUUUGAGCUCGUCGAGGCCAAGGCUCACCAAAACUUUACUCGUAUCGAGAAUGCUAAAUCUGGAAUGCAGUACCUCAUUGUACUUCGCAAGAACUGAGUGAUGAUACAAAUACAUUGUGAAUCUUUGUUACUUUCUUCUAGUGCGAUGUCUUCAUCUUCUA